AGGACUGGGUGCAUUCCUUGGCUUGGUUUAGAGUCAUAGAAUCAUGGAAUGGGUUGGGUUGGAAGGGACCUUAAAGAUGAUCCAGUUCCAACUCCCCUGCCAUGGGCAGGGAUACCUUCCACUGGCUCAGGGGCUCCAAGACCCAUCCAGCCUGGCCUUGAACCCCUCCGGGGAUGGGACAGCCACCACUGUUCUGGGCAACCUGGGCCAGGGCCUCCCCACCCUCAUUAUGGAGAAUUUCUUCCUAACAUCUACUCUAAAUCUUCCCCUCCCAAGUUCAAGCCACCUCUCAGCCCCUCCUCUCACCCAUCAGCUGCUCCCGGGCGUGUUGAGCUUCUCAGCCGUCUGGUUGAGGGCGAGCUCAGCCCCACACGACAGUGACUCGGCAUCCUAAGAUCUCAUCUCAAUCUCCCCUCUUUCAGCUCAAAACUGUUCCCCCUCGUGCUAUCCCUGCCCUCGCCGGCUUUCCUGAAGCCCCUUUCAGGACUGGAAGGUUGCCACUUGGCUUUACGUCCCUCUGCCCCUGUUUUGCUGAGGUCUGAGAUUCCCUCCGGGCAGAGGAGUGAAAUUUGCUGGUGUUUCAGAAGCGUAGGGUUGAGCCUUCAGCAGAAGGCAUCGCAAAGACAAACCACCCCAUGCAGCAAGCUUAAAAUUCCAUCCCAUGGGUUGGCCAGCGGAGCGCAGAGUGACUGGCAGCUCCCCUUAUGCUGGCGCGCACGUGGCCCGGCUCGUAGGCGUGUCCCAGCGCUGCGCUAUGAACAGAGGCACUGCUCGAGGCUCUUAUCUUACACGCUCAAGACGUAACUACCCCAGUGCCAACCGAGGUUUUUGUAUCUGCCCUCCUACCCCGCGAGAAACUAAUCUGGAAACCUUUUUACACCAGCAGUUCUUAACAAGGCAGGACGGUGAAGUCUGUUUGCUUCAGGGACAGGGAUCACGCGACGGAUUACGUGUCAGAGGGCAACCUGUGGCACCGGAGAGAUGGCAGCCCAGCUACGGCAGAGCAGAAGGGCGUAGGUUCUCUGGCAAGCGUCCGCGGGUGGGAACGUCACUGCGUUAUUAUCCUCCUCUGUACCAUCAUCAGGAGGAGUCAGAGAGAGAUUCUGACACCAUCAGGCUGAAUUUUCAGAGACUUUCUCUUGCUGGACGGGACUGUGAGCAAGAAAUUCUGCGAAUCUUUGAGCAGCUUGGGCAGGGGAAGACUUUUACAGUUCAUGAUCUUGCACGUAAACUUAAAACUAAAAAGAAAGAAGUCAACCGUGCUUUGUAUAAGCUCUUCCGAGAAGGCAAGUUGCACAAAGGUGAGGAGACGCCGCCACUGUGGAGCAUUGCUGGCCAUAGCGCAGGGAGGGAAAGAAGCCCUGCUGAGCACAGCGGUGCUCACAGAGAUCCAGGAGGCGAGAGCAGAGGAGGGGAGAGGAGUCCGUUUGGCUUGGGAGACACCGAUCCCAUCAUGGCAGAGACCAAGGACAAAAUCUGCAACUACUUGUUCAGCGUGGAUGAAACGACGGCGCUCAACCUGGCCAAAAACAUUGGGUUCUCGAGGGCCAAGGACGUUAACGCCUUCCUGAGCGCGCUAGAAAAGCUGGGAGAUGUCCACAAGCAGAACACAAACCCCCCACGGUGGUCCCUGACCGACCGGAAACGCGAGCGGAUGCAGAUGCGGCUGAGAGCCAGCAUGGCACCGCAGGCAGAUCCCACACCUGCACCAACUUUUCCACCUUCCACUGUUCCUCCAUGUCCCCAGGAGGUGACCGUAGCUUCUCCAGCAGUGACAACAUCGGAGGAAGAAAGCAUGGAAAACGGGCAGCAGCCUUUGGGGCAAACAGAGCAGAGCGAUGGCAGUGACGCAGAAGCAGCUCCGGCUGAGGACAUUAAGCCCGAAUUCUCCAGUUUGAGUAAUUACGAUAACUCUGAAAACAACGAGUGGGCCACGGAUGACAUCCCGGAUAACCUGAACACCAUCACCAAGCAGCCCCAUGAGUCGGAAUCCAUCAUGAAUUCCCAGUGUUCCCCGAGUUAUGCUGCCCAGUUUGAACCUGCUUUGCCUUGUACACCCAUAGAGAAGCUGAUGGCGUGUCAGGAGAAGAACCCCGUGAGCGGCCUUACUGAGUAUUCCCAGUACACGUGCCAGCACUGUGAAUUUGCCAUGCUGGAGCAGAGCGGACCCUCUCACGAGCCACGGUUUAAGUUCCAGGCAGUGAUUAAUGGACGCCGAUUCCCACCAGCGGAAGCAGGGAGCAAAAAACUCGCUAAGCAGGAGGCAGCUGCAAAUGCCAUGAAGGUCCUGAUGAGUGAAGUGGAGAAUGGAAGACACGGUGGAAUUAAAUGCGAAGAGCCGUUGCCCUCCACCAAUUCCGAAGUGGAAUCGCCUUUGCCUCCAGAGCCGGAGUCGUCAUCUGCGCCAGCUCCUCUCAGCCUGCUUCCCGGGAAACACCCUAUCAGCGUAUUAAUGGAGUACGGACAGAAAUCAGGGAACGCGAUUGAAUUCCAGCUGCUCUCUCAGGAAGGCCCACCUCAUGAUCCCAGGUUCAGCUACUGUGUGAAAAUGGGUGACCAAAUUUUCCCUGCUGUGGUAGGAAACAGCAAGAAGGGAGCAAAGCAAAUGGCAGCAGAGGUUGCUGUGAAGAUUCUUUCUGGAGAGUCUGUGCCCCACGUCUUGCCCGAACAGCCUGUCACAAAGCCCCACAGUGACCAGUCGACGCCGAGCUCUGCAUCAUGGGUCCCUGCUCCAGAUGAAUCCAAGGUGGCGAAAGGAAAGGCUGUUGGGGACCUCAUCAAAUACCUUAACGUCAACCCUGUCAGCGGUCUGCUGGAAUACGCCCGCUCCAAUGGCUUUGCCGCAGAGUUCAAACUCAUCGACCAGUCAGGACCUCCCCAUGACCCCAAGUUUGUCUACCAGGCGAAGGUCGGAGGCCGCUGGUUCCCGGCUGUAACUGCCCACAGUAAAAAGCAGGGCAAGCAGGAGGCAGCUGACGCCGCGCUCAGAGUCCUCAUUGGAGAAACAGAGAAAAUGGAGCGCAUGGAAGGGACGAACAUCACCGAGCUCCCCAUCAGCGGCAGCACGCUCCACGACCAGAUGGCUAUGCUGAGCCACCAGCGCUUCAACACCCUCACCGCUCGCAUCCAGCACAGUCUGCUUGGAAGGAAAAUCCUGGCUGCCAUCAUCAUGCGGAAAGGAAACAAGGGCCUAGGAGCGGUGGUCAGCAUCGGAACGGGUAAUCGUUGCGUGAAAGGAGAAGAGUUGAGCUUGAAGGGGGAGACAGUGAAUGACUGUCACGCAGAAAUCAUUUCUCGGAGAGGCUUUGUGAGAUUUCUCUACAGUGAGCUGAUGAAGUACGACCCGUCUAAUCCUUCCUCUGCAGAAGAGAGCAUUUUCGAGCCAGCGGGAGGGAAGAGGCUCAAAAUAAAGAGCAACGUUACCUUCCACCUCUACAUCAGCACAGCACCAUGUGGAGAUGGGGCACUCUUUGAUAAGUCCUGCAGUGACCAGGCAAGCGUGGUGGGAUCGGCCCAGCACCAGCCUCUCUUUGAGAACCCCAAACAAGGCAAACUACGCACCAAGGUGGAGAAUGGAGAAGGCACCAUUCCCGUGGAGUCGAGUGACAUUGUGCCCACGUGGGAUGGAAUCCAGCACGGGGAGCGGUUGCGAACCAUGUCCUGCAGUGACAAAAUCCUACGCUGGAAUGUGCUUGGCUUGCAGGGGGCAUUGCUGUCACACUUCCUUGAACCGGUUUAUCUCAGCUCUGUGACACUGGGUUACUUGUACAGCCAGGGUCAUUUAACACGCGCAAUCUGCUGCCGCGUGGCAAGAGAUGGGAACGUGCUGCAGGGAAAGCUCCAAGCUCCGUAUCACAUCAACCAUCCCGAGGUCGGGCGAGUCAGCGUCUACGACUCUGCCAGGCAGACGGGCAAAACGAAGGAGUCUUCGGUUAACUGGUGUCUUGCUGAUGAAAGCGAAGUGGAAAUCUUGGAUGGUACAAAAGGGAAAGUAGAUGGACCGAAACUGGAGGUGUCUCGUCUGUCAAAGAGGAGAAUGUUCGCCCUCUUCCAGCAGUUGCGUGCCAAGAACAACCGCAAAGACCUGCAGCACUUCACGGUGUACUCAGAGGCGAAGGAAGCGGCCGCUGAGUACCAAGAAGCCAAGCAGCGCUUCUUCGUCGCCCUGGAAGCAAUGGGUUACGGCAGCUGGAUCCGCAAACCCCAAGAGGAGGAGAAUUUCUCCUUCACUGUUGCACAGUGAGGUGCUGGGCGUGUGUGGGGUGAGUGCAGAGACACCUGCGUGUGGGCACCAGCAUCCUCCUCUGGCCAUCACCUUUUUGACCUGGAAUCGGGAACGUAUGGGAGUUUUCCCUGUAGGCCUGGCUGCCUUCUCUCUGCUCUUGUUCCUCAGAGACCCGGUCCUUCCUCUUUUUAAAACGCGCAUGGAAACGAUGUCUUUUUUUAAGCUAGGGCAGGCUCAGCCCUGUUUGCUUUUAUGGUUUUGUCUCCUCUUUUUUUAUAAGAAGGCACAAGAAACCAGAGUGAUUCUCAAACUGUGAGUUCCAAACGUUUGGAACUUGCAAUUCCAAUCCCUCUGGCGGGUUUUGAGGCAAAUUUUCUCUUUUUGAGGAAAAAAAAAAAAACCCAAAGCUGGCUGGCUGGUUUGAGGUGUCUCUCUCAGAGGGGGCUGGGACACAGGACUGAUCCCCGUAGGACGCCAGCAGGACCAGCAAAACAUUCCGCGUUCGUAAUAAAGAUGGAUUUCUGUA